AUGAAAUCGAAACAAUAUGUUUCAUAGAUAUUGGAUUUGGAUUAAUAAAAAGCAUAAAUAAAGUUAUUAGAAGAGAAGAAUGUAAGUAACAUACUAAUUAGUAGGAGAAAUUAAUUUAAUAGAAUUAUGAUUUAAUUCGUGAAAUAACACAAUAUUAAAUACAAUUAAGAGAGAAGGAUUAAUAGAUUGAAUAAUUGAAAAAAGAGAAUGGAUCAUUGAAAUUUGAAUUGCAAGUAUUUCAAGUUUAAAAUCAAAGUUAGUUUUUAAAUAAGAAGAUUUAUAUAGUGUAGUAUCAUUAGAUCGGUAUAAGAAGGUAUCUUCAGCAAUUUAACCUUAAAGUAUUUAUGAUUUUUAUAAAGGGAAACGUAUAUUUGAGACUAAGAAGACAACAUUACAUAUGAAUUACUUGAAUCCAAAGAAAUGCAAUAAUGAGCAAGAAGAACUUAUAAGUCCUGGAAUAGUAGAAUAUGGAAAAUAAAAUGAUAAUUAAUAAAGUUAAGCAGUAAUAGAGGAUGUUUAAGUAAAAGGAUUUCAAUAAAAUAAUUUAUCUGAAAUAAAGUAGAUAACAUAGAUAUAAUCAAAGAUAAUAUUAGAAUAAUGUAAAGGUGAUGAAUCGAAUUUCACACCAUAGUAAUUAUUAUAGGAAUCUAUUUUAAUAAAAUAAGAUUAAUAAUCAUUGUAAAAAGAAUAGAAAAAAUAAUAUUCAUUAUUUGAAGAAUUCCUUAUUAUUAGUGUUUCUAAAUCAACAUUGAAUGGAUUAAGUAAUAAUAUUUUAGAAACAAGAGAAAUUAAUUUGAAACCUGAGAUUUUAUUUCAACAUUCAUCUGCUUAAUCAAGUUAUAUGGAAUAAUUAUAAUUAUUGCCAUAAUAAAUACAUCCAUAUGGAUUGAAAGUAAAAUUAGAAGAGAAAACUCUAUCUAUGAGUAAUUUGAAUUCGUACAAAAUUAUAAAAAAUAUUUUAGAAUUCUAAUGGGUGGGCAAAGUUAUGAUAGAUUAGCAGGUGCAUAUGUAAUUACUAUGAAAUCAGAAUAAACAUUUAAUAACAAUUCCUUUAUAAAUCAUGCAUCUUAAAUAAAUCCAGAUAAUAUAAGUGAUCUAAUCUCUAUAACUAACAUUCAUCAUUAAUUAUAUUGUAUUUGUGUUGAUGUUCCAGAUUUUUAUGAUUAUAAUUUUUCCAAUAAUAAUUCCAAAUUAAAAAAGAAAUACUUUUAUUCACUAUCUAAAACGUAUUGUUUCAUCACUAAAGCACCAAUAAUAGAUUUUUUUAUUGAAAUUAUCAAAAUUAUUAUAAGUAAUAAUAUUAUUCAUUAUUAGAUACAUUAAAAUACAAAAAAGCAGAGAUUUAUUCAAUGGUUUCAGAAUUCGAAGAGACUUUAGGAAAUAUUGAUAAUUCUUUCUAUACAGUACAUAUUAAUUUCUUUAAUAAUAGUCAUUCAAACCAGAACUAUUUAAUUUUUUAACAGAAUUGCAAAAUUCAAAAUUUAUUAGUGAAUGUAAUUAUUAAUUUUUACAAACUCCAAUAAAACAUCAAUUAAUACAUUGUUAAGAUUUUCAAAAUUAUGAAAUAGAAUGGGCCAUCUCUUAUGCGCUUUCACAUAUGGAAUUACCUCAUUAUUUAAUACUAUUGAUUAAUAUGUUGUUGGAAUAAAAUAUUUGUAUUAUUAGUUGUAAUCGAACUUUAUUAAGUUCUUUAUUGUAAUUUAUACUUUAUAUUCUAUAGAAUGAUAUUACCACAUAUGAUUCAACCUUUUUAACAUAUAUAACCUACUAUACAUGCUUUAACUGCUUAAUUGAUGCCAAUACUUGAUUCUCCUGUUCCCAUUAUUUGUGGAAUAGUUAAAGACAGUGAAAAUGGAUUACAUCAUUUGGGAAUUGAAGAUAUAGAUUCCUUUUAUGAUGAAUAAUCUUAAAUUCUAUUCUUUGAUGCUAAUAAACUCAAAUUUUUUAAUUUGAAUAAUAAUCUUACAGAAAGGAAGAUAUAUACCACUUUAUUUUAUAAAUUAUUUUAAACAUACUAAUAAAUACGUUAAUAAAGUGUUCCUGGCCAUUAUUUACCAGAUAAUAAUGAAAUAACCAUAAAUUUAAGUAUUAAAAUUUUAGAUGAUACUAAAGCUUAUAUUUAAGAAACCUUACUCUCUUUAAUUCCAGAAGUUGAUGGUGAAAUCAAUCUUGAUUAAAUUUAAGAGAAAAUUCUUAACUCAACUGAGGAUGAAAUUUUAAAAUAAAUAGUACAAACUCAAUAUUUCUCUUACUAUAUCUAAUAGAAAUUCCAACCUAAAUGA